AAAGAAUUUUCACCUAUUCAAAACGAUAAAAUUGUGUGUUACGUUGAUAAAAUUAUCAUUUUUGUUAGUAUUCAACAAUUCGACUUGAAACAAUAAUAUAUUUCGUUGAAACAAAUCAAAAAUCUAGUUUAUUAUUUUUGCCAAAUCAAUAACCGGCGAAAUUGUUGAUUCAACAAAAAUAUGCGUCACUUCAAUUUGUGUGAUGAAUUUAAAUCAGUGUUCAUGUUUUUUUGUUUUAAAUUAUAAGUUUUUUCCAGGGUAUGAAGUGAGAAACCAAAACCGCCAUUUUGUUUCGAACUGUAAAACGUGAAAGUGAAGAUGGCUGUAUCUGAGCAAGAUAUAAUCGAAGAAUUAGACGUGGAAAAAGUUUCAGUCGAAGAAAAUCAGGUGAUAGAAUUGUUAAAUACAUUUGGUGUAUCGGAGACUACAAUCGAAACGUUUCUCGUCAACUCGUACACCGUUGAAACUUUGAGAAUAAUUCAACGUAAGGAAAUUGAGGAACUGAUUCCUCCUCCUUCCCUCGCAGAGCGAACGAAGUUUAUUCACGAAUUUGAUAAUUGGAGGGUUGCCCAGGGACUGCCGAAGCUUGUCGAUAUUUCAUCAGUUUUAGCUACUACGCAAGGUCCUUGUGCCAGUACCAUCUUACAGGAUUCGAAGCCCAUUACACGUGAAUCAUGCACCGCUGCUUUUUUGCUCAACAGUUCUUCGAAAGGGCAAGCCAUAAUCAAUAAGUACAACCAAGCGCCGUUUCUUUCGAGAUCAGACAAAAAAAGCGUCACGCAAAUUGUCGUCGACGAGUUUAAAAACAGAUUUUCGAAGCUGACGUCGUCGGAGUUGCUGGACAGAGCUAAAGAACUGAAGCAGAUAUUCCCGAACGAACCACAGGAAACCUGGUAUCAACCGACAUUUGCAACGGAUAGCUCAGGAAAAAGGAAACGGAUCAACAAGCAAGCAAAGGGUCGUUUGUAUGACAGAAACGUCAAUUACAAAGAAGUACAACAGUGCUCGCAACAGGAAUCAAACGAAGCGUCUACUUCAGUUCAAAGUUCGGUCGACAACUCCAGUGCGGAUGUUUCUGAAUAUCAUCAAGUGAAAGCCUGGCUUGCCCAUAACCAAGACGAGUGGGAAGAGCUUAGAAUCAGGUGGAAGCGGUCUAGCCCCUGGCGGCUCUUAGAAGUAUCUAAGAUUUCGAACCGGACGUGUGCUGCUAUACUGGCGGAGUACCCGACACUCAGAAACCACCGAGGGUAUCAACUGAUACAAAUCGAUUUCUCACAGAAGUUCCCGGGCAAAGACGAAGUUCUUUUCGAUAGAUGGAUAGGAUUCACAGCGGCCAUCCAGCAAAUUUUUCGACUUGAAGUGGCUGACGCAGCUGGAAAAACUCUUCUGACAAGCUUGGAUGCAGCAGACAUUUCUGAAGAUGCUCGUAACUUCGUGAUUACCACCCUGUUGGCUCAUAUCCUGCCUCGGGCACAUAUCAAGUGCGCCGGUAAGAAACGUUGGAAACCAUCUUACAGUGAAGCAGAAGAAGGUGUAGUUAUACACGUGAAGCAACUUGCAGAUCUUGAAUCUUGUCUCGCGAGGCUUUUCAAGGGGUUCAGAGACCGAGGCAUUUCUUCUGCACCAUUCAUAAUAGUACACGGCGAGGAUUGGAAGAACCCUACAAGCUUCACUGUAUGGAACAACGUUGUCUCGUAUAAGCUGCUAAGCUUUCUGAAAGCGCUGGACAUAUGUAUCAAGAUCUACAGAACAUAUGACAUCGAGUACCCGCAGCAGUCAGCCGCAAUUUGGAGGUUGCUAUCAUCGUAUCUAUUCGAUACAGGAGAAGCUGAGAAAGAUCCCGCUGUACAAUCGCUGCAUUCCGCUAUUCGUUUAAAACAACAGUCAAAAUGAUGCGUUGCAUUGUAAAAGGCUGUGCGUGGGAGACUAACUCGAUACACCGCCUUUACGAGCAUCUGAGUAGAAUGCAUAGUUCGAUUUCAACAUACGUUUGCAACUUUAAGGGAUGUUUACGAAACUACAGCGUAAGAGCGUCAUUUUUUCGACAUUUUAAGAAGCACUAUGAAGAGGCUGCAUGGAGAGAUGUGAAUACCGAACCGUAGAAUAUAACAUCAAACGAAUUUCCACAAUGCUCGUCCGAAAAUAUAACAUUAAUCGAAGAAAACAGACUAUGUGACAAUGAAAUGCGAAACAUCGAUGGAGAUGUCGGUUUAAAUCAUAAACAACAAGAAGAAAAACCUGAAAUUAUUGAUUUAGAAAAGCUUUCCGAUCGAAUGAAAAAUCUAAAUAUAAAUUUCAACUUGAAAUGGUUAAGUAUGGAUACAAUGCCACGUAAAACGGUUUUUGAUAUACAGAGAGAUAUACGGACAUUCGUUUUCGAACCAUUCAAAGAAGCUAUUGUCAAUAUGGAAACGGUAGGCUUGAUUUCUAACGAAAGUGGCACUAUAUUCAGGAAUAUGUUUGAAAUCUUCAAUGAAGUAGAAACCGAAUACAAACUGAUUCAAGAUUUGAAAGCAAACGACUUGUACCACGAUCCACGGGAGUUCAUACUAAGCAACGAAUUGCGUGCCGGCGUUGUGAAUAAUGAACAGCUACUGAUUAAUGACCAAAUUAGCGGUAAUUCUUUCUACUAUAUUUGUAAUCAAAGCGGUAAUGAUUAUCUAUAAAAUGAAUGCAUAA